AUGAGUACUUUUGUAAGCCUGCUGGAAGUGCUGGAGUCCCGAGGGUCUCCUCUGGAUGAUGAUGAGGUGUGGGCAAUCCUCCUCACUGCAGCAGAAACCUUAACAAGCAUCUCAAAUAAAGGUCCUGGUAAUCUGUGCAGUAUUAUUAGCCCAGGCUCCAUUUUGAUCUCACCUAGUGGCACUGUUGCGUUCAAAACCUGUGGCCGGACUGACAAUGUGGCAUUCUUCACCUCUCCUGAGAUGACUGUGGCUCAGUCUUCUUCCAGCAAAGAGGCUGUAGAGAAGAUGCUAGUUUACUCUCUGGGAAUGACUCUGUACUGGACUGUAGAUUAUCAGCUUCCUCAAAAUCAGCCUGUCCAGCUUAACGACAACUUGAACAUCCUUCUACUGAGCAUGUGUGAAGAAGAGUCCUGUAGACGACCAAAUCUGCUGGCGGUGCUGCAGCAUUGUGAGCAGCACCAAAAGAAUGCUCUCUUACCUCCUCCAGACAGAAUAAUCAGGCAGCUGGUCCAGUAUGUCCUACAUCACCCACACUGUGAUCAGCACCAAAAGAAUGCUCUCCUACUGCCUCCAGACAGAAUAAUCAGGCAGCUGAUCCAGUAUGUCCUACAUCACCCAGUAGAGAAUGCAUCGGGUAACUUUUCCCUGAUAACCGAUCGAAGUCAGUUGAUUAGACACAAACUUCGAGGAGACUACACUGAGAAUUUCGCUUGGGGACCAAAAGCAAUCAGCUCACCAUCUUACACUGUCCAGGCUGAAUAUAACAGAAGCUCUCACUCCUCCCAUCACAGAGGGAGCACUAGCAUUCCAUACCUUCACAUCCAAAGGCAGCUUAAUGACAGAUCUAACCAGUCAUUUGGCUCUUCACUCAGUCUCAGUGAGAGGAAGCUCAAGAACAUGGGGCCAGAGUUUGUUAGAAUUUUGGAUGAGCCAUUCAUUACCUUGGAGCUGCCAUGUUCCAUUGUGUCAAAGAAAGGGACGUCGUGUUCUACACAAAGGGACGUGAGAGUGAUUAUGCCGAAUGGACAGACCAUCUUAAUCAAAUGUGAUGUAAAGACUAGAGGAGGGGAUAUAUUUGAUAUGGUUAUUGCCCAUUCAAAAAUGGUGGAGCACUUCUACUUUGGCCUUGCCUACACUGACAAUACCAAUGAAUUCUUCUUUCUGGAUAACAAAACCAAAAUUUCCAAAAUUUCCCCAGAGAGCUGGAAAAAAGUACCCACGUCCAUGUUUGUUCUUCACGUCCGAAUCAAAUUUUUCAUCAAUGAUGUCAGUCUACUUUUACACAAGUUGACACGACACCAGUACUACCUGCAGCUCAGGAGGGAUAUUCUGGAAAACAGAUUGCCCUGUAACGAAGAGACUGGCCUUCUUCUUGGUGCUUUGGCUCUGCAAGCUGAAUUUGGGGACAUUUUGCCUGAGUACUAUCAGCCUGAGCACUACGUCCCUAAGAGCAUCAUGGAGAAAAUGGCCAUGCCUUGCCUGAAACAAGAGUUACUGCAUUUACAUGCUAAUAAUGCAAACAUGACGGCUGAGGAGUCUGAGCUAGAAUUCCUCAAGGCCAUCCAGCAGCUUCCGGAGUACGGUAUGUUUUUUCAUCAUGCAGUCUGCCAAAAGAUGCUCAGCUCAGGAGAGCUGCUCUUGGGGGUGUGUGCCAAAGGCAUUGUUGUGUAUGAAGUUAAAAAUAACACCCAUACCAAGAGAUUUACAUUCCACUGGAGAGAAACCAUCAAUAUCUUUGCAUCUAAGCGUAAAUUUGUCAUCGUAAGCAGCAUCAGUAAGAAGAAGCACACCUUUCUUAUGGAGAAAUCCAGAUUCGCAAGGUACCUCUGCAGCCUAUGCAUAGCACAGCACAAGUUUCACAUGGAGAUGAGUUCUCGCCAGUUGAGCCACAGUCUGGUCUCAGAGGAUAGUAAUUUACAGUGUGAAGUGCCCAGUGCCCAGAAUGAUGCAAGCAGGAGGAUUUCCUGUUUUGAGGGGACGUCCAACGAUGGCAGACCUGAUGUUGCUCACCAUGACUCCAUGAGCAAGCUGUGUGAUGACCUUGCCAAUCGUAUUGAAACCAGAAUCAAACAGCAGAGAGACUUAUUGGAGUACUACAAUGCCUUGAGUCGAGAUCUUCAGAGAAUUGCUGGAUCUUCAAAGCGAAGCUCAGGUGUUUCAUCCAUUCCUUCUUUUUUAAGAGACACUCCAACAAGUCCCCGAGCUCCUGUGAGAGAAAUUCUCUGUGUAACUUUGAAGAAAGAUAUGAAAUUAGGCCUUGGUAUUGUAAUUGUUGGAGAAGAAAGUGCCAGUGGUCUGGAUCUAGGUAUCUUUAUUGCAUCUGUUGUGCCGGGAGGACCAGCGAGUAGGGAUGGACGAAUCAGACCAGGUAGCCGCUUGAUCUCACUGAAUCAGACCAGUCUGGAGGGAGUCCCCUUCAAUGAAGCAGCGGAAAUAAUACAAAGUAGCCCCAACCAGGUGGAGCUCAUCAUCUCCCAGUCCAAAGACAGUCAAGCAGAAGCAGACGGUCUUGACGAGUUGGUGACAGUGAUGAUGACGCCAAAAACUGGGCGUAGGCUCCAUGUGCCUGAAGUGCACGUCCUCAGUGUCCAGUGGAACCUGGGGCAGACCCAGGGUCUCCAUCUAGUGGGACAUGCUAGUAACCAGCCAAGGGGGAUACUUCUAAGGUGUUUGACCCACCUCAACUGGCUCCUCUCAAGUCGGAGGAGCAGUGGCUCUACCCCAAGGCUCUCCCACAUUGCCAAGCUCCUCACCCAAUCACAGAGAGUAAAUCCAAGAGGGCUGAACACAGGUCUCCAAUCUGAAGGAAUUUCAGAGAGCCUGUUGCCUGGGGAAGCAGCAGACCAAGAUUUCCACAUACAAUCUGCCUCUCAAGGCUGGGAGAGGCAGAACACAGACACUCAGGAGGCAGAGGUGGUGCAAAAAGACAAGUGGACCCAGGAGGCUUGGCAGAGGUGCCGGCGAGAGGUGCAGUGCAGCCAGGGAGUUUCUCUUUGGAAAUGCUUUGGGGUACUUGGUCGCAUAGUUGAAGGUCACCGGGAUGUAUUUGUGACCCCAGGCAGACAUCGUUUGGGCAAUGGGCCUAGGGCUGUCGGUUUGGCCAGGGUGACAGUGCUCCCUGGAUCUAGGAGGGCGGUAAUGGGCCGGCCGUUCACCCUUACGGCUGUGGUUGGGGGAUCUGGGGGAGAAGCAGAAUGGAGCACACAGCCAGCCAGCCAGGGUUUUACGACGCGCUAUGGGGAGGUUGUAUCUGGCUUGGGCACAUUGGACGGCCUCCACCAUCUCCCUUGGGACCUGGUGGCUUUCAUCCCCACUGCUUUCCGUUCUUCAGGUGGCAGAGCUUGUAGAGAGCAGUCCCUGAUGACUUUCUACACUACUUCAGCAGCGGUGUACUGUUCUGGUUGGCUGGAAAGGGGCAAGAAUGUCAGCCCAACGCUCUUCUUCACAUUGUUCAUGUCAGGCGACCUGACUGAAAGUCAGGAGGAAGGCUUCAACAUCAUCUUUGCUGGGGAGUUUGGUGAAAAUGGCAUUGGCUUCAUGCUCUCAGAGUUGAACACAUGCCUGGACUGUGGAACUGUAAUGCUGUUUCCUGGCCUCAUCAAGGAGGGAGACGUGAUCCUGGUCCUUAAUGGAGAAUCACUUACGGGCUACCAUAUCAGGUAA